AUGGACGAGGUGCCGUCCAUACUGAAAGGUGUAGAUAUAUUUGCACUGCUGGACAUAAGAGUAGAUGAAAACGUAGACGUAGAAGAAAGUAAAAAGAAUUUAAGAAGAUCUUUCCUACAGAAGGCAAGAAAAUACCACCCAGAUAAGCAAAGCAAGCACACAGGAAGAGAUGAGCAGAACGACGUGGAGUUUAUAAGAAUUAAAGCAGCAUUUGACUAUUUGCAUGAGAAAAAUAACUUUACACUGCUUUAUAAUAAGGUAUUGUCAGAGUUAAGAGCAAAGAGGAGAAGGUUAGAGAGAUCUAAGGAUAUCGCAACAAAGCAAGCAUCGUACCUGGACUCGCUCCUGAAAAGAGAGAAGGAAGCUGAGGAAAGAAGAAAGGAACAGCAGCGUGAAGCAUACGGACAGGAGAGUAGGCAUAAAUACGAAGAAGACUACUAUGACGAAGUGUUCGCAUCGACGCAGAGGCAGCAGAGGGAGUUGGACCCGUCGCUAGGGCAGCUGAUCGUGGCAGCCAAGACGCAGGAAAUAGCAAACGGGUCGGAAAUAAACUGCCUCCUGAUGAGCAGCCACUUCCCAACUCUCUUCGACAACUACGGGCUGGUGAGCGUGGAGCCACUGGAGUUCAUCGACACGCAGGCGGAGAAGAACGUGCGAAUCGGGAAAAUAUACUUCACGUCCGAGGAGCACGCAGUGAGAGCACUGCUGCACUACCGAAGCAACAGAGCGAAGUUCAGGUGCGACCUUUACGCGCUGGCGCUGGGAAAGGACGAGCCGGCAGCGAGGGCGGCGAACGAGGCAGAGGCGUUUGAAAGGUACGAAGAGGCUGUGCUGAGGAGGUUCAGACUGGUCAAAAACGUAAUAUAA